CAUCAAUAGUUUUGCUUCUUCUUUCCUAAUCCCAGCUAUCCACAAAAAUUUCAGGAUUUUAAUAUUCUUUUUAAACAAUAAUAUAUUAUCUACUGAGUUUUGAUAUCCCCUCUUUCCCUGUUUCUCCUUUUUUUUUCAACUUCAAUUUUCUGGUAUUUCCAAGGAAUUUAGUAUAUGUAUAAUUUGUAGGUAUAAUUCAAAGGAAGGAAUGACGGCAUUGAGACCAAUGAUGGUCUCGAAGUAUAACCCACCACACUCUUCACAAACCUUAAUCACCUGCCAUGGAAAACCCAGGAUUCAGUACUUAGAGGAAAUACCUCAAAAGCAGCUUGUUCAGUCAAAUGUAAAUAGAAGGGUAGGAGUCAUAGCAACAAUGGCUUCUUUACUACUGAUAAAGGAAGAGAAUAUUGCAUAUGGACUCGACCUAAAAAUGGUAGCACCAGAGCAGACACUUGAAGAAGCAGAAAAUGGGGUUCAAAAUCAUGCAAAAGCUUUGUUGCAAGUGAAAGAUUUGAUCGAUUCAAAGUCUUGGCGUGAAGCUCAGAAGGAGUUAAGGAAAAGUUCAUCAUUGUUGAAGCAGGAUAUCUAUACUAUCAUCCAAGGGAAACCUGGAGGUGAAAGGCCUCAACUUAGGAAGCUUUAUUCUAAUCUUUUCAACAAUGUUACCAAACUAGAUUAUGCAGCUAGGGAUGAAGAUGCAUCGGGUGUUUGGCAGUGCUAUGAAAAUAUUGUUUUGUCUCUCAAUGAUAUUUUAUCAAAACUAUAAUCGAGUUCUUGUGCCAUUGAAGCAAUGUCCGGCUGAUUAUGCAGCUAUAUUGUGCUGGAUGGUUGAAGAUUUAUCGCAUGUUUUUUUUAAUCAGCAAAUUCCUGCUUAUGAUACUCACCGGCACGCAACGGCUGUUGACUUUUGUAGGACUUAAUAGUCUACAGAGCAAAGAGAUAUACGGGUUUGCUUCGGCAAACGGGGACGUCCCAAUGCCCAUUGCUUAAACAGAUUCAAGUAGGGGCCAUGAAGUUCUACAGAAGCUAGGAUUUUCCAUUGCUAUACUUUGGGUGCUCGUAAAUUUCGAGUUUUCUUCAACUAUUUGAUU